GUUGCAUGGUAUGCAUUAUUUGAUUGAAAAGUUCCGAAAUCCAAACUACUUAUACCAAUAAUAUAACCACCUAAAAAGCAAACCCCAACAAACUCCUUUCUCUACCAUCGCCUCAUCUCCACCACCAAACCCCCGAAUCUGCAUCAAUGUUGAGCCUGUGGCGAGUGGCGAUGAGCACCAGCGAGGCCAACGGCGACGAAUACGACGGCAUCAAGUUUUGGGGCGUGGCAGAGCGCGCCGGGUGGCUCACGAAGCAGGGCGAAUACAUCAAAACCUGGCGGCGCCGAUGGUUCAUCCUGAAGCAGGGGAAACUGUUCUGGUUCAAGGAAUCGAACGUGACACGCGCCUCCCGCCCCCGCGGCAUCAUCCCCUUGGGUGAUCGCCUGACUGUGAAGGGCGCUGAGGACGUGCUCAAUCGCCAAUUCACCUUCCAAUUGUCCACUCGGAAUGAAACCAUGUAUUUCAUCGCGGAUACGGACAAGGAGAAGGAGGAUUGGAUCAAUUCCAUCGGGCGAUCCAUUGUUCAGAACUCAAGGUCGGUUACCGAUGACGAGAUCCUUGAUUAUGAUAGCCGGAAAUAGAAUCAAUGAAGUAGCACCUAUUUUGAUUUACGGAUAUGUUCCGAGAUUGAUCUGUGUGAUAUACAUUGCUUUCUCACCAGCAUAUUUCCAUAUAUAUUAUUGCAAAACACAUAUUCAGUUCACACACAAUUAUCCUAUAAAGCUUUAAGCAGAAGAAAGAAAC